UACAAGGAACCUUGGCAGACAUCUAAGAUAUACACUAAGACAGCCCCUAGUAAUUAUUUCAGUACUGAAUCAGACCUGGGCAUAAGAUAUGGCACCCAAAGUGUAACCAGCUAAAAAGGCCUCCUCAUCAGAAAAAUAAAACUGUGUCCAGGAAUGCUGGACAUGGGUCUUACAGUAGACCUUGAUAAACGAAGACCAAGAGAAAUCAGCCUCCCGCCACUGCCCCCCAGUCAAGCGUGACACGGCGCGGGCUGGUUGCGUGACUCGUGACGUCUCCAAGCCCUAUAGGAGCAGCGGCUGGUGAGAUAGUCGCUAUCGCCUGGUUGCCUCUUUAUUUUAUUGGGGUAUGCCUGGCAAUAAACAGUAAUAUUUAAUUUGUCGGAGACCACAAACCAUCGACAAGCUGGGAGGUACUUGCUUUUCUUGACAGACUCUGGAAGAAGUCUUCGUUUUAAAAGGGGGCUUUUCUGGGGGCAAUGUCCUUUCAAAACUCUUGGAGAGCUACCCUGCCUCACUGAGCAAACACUUUUGGCUUCUGGGCUGAAGGAAGAGUGAGGCUAUUGGAGAGUCUGACUUGCAGAGAUUUUACCCGAGCCUUUCAAGGCAAGAGGAAGCCGGGAGCCUGCCGCGACUCGGGAAGCAGCGUUGAGGCUUGCAAGGCACACGGCCUGGUUCUGUCAAACCACAUCUUGCUCGUCUCCGCCAGUCUCUGAGCUUCCCGGGAUUCUGGCAAGGGCUCCGAAUAGAACCUCGCGCGGGCACAGGAACCCGGGCGCACCAUGGCCGACGCAGAUGAGGGCUUCGGCCUGGCGCGCACGCCUCUGGAGCCUGAUUCCAAAGACAGGUCCUGCGAUUCGAAACCAGAGAGUGCGCUGGGGGCUCCCAGCAAGUCUCCAUCCUCACCGCAGGCCGCCUUCACCCAGCAGGGCAUGGAAGGAAUCAAGGUGUUUCUUCACGAAAGAGAACUGUGGCUGAAGUUCCACGAAGUGGGCACAGAAAUGAUCAUCACCAAGGCAGGGAGGCGGAUGUUUCCUAGCUACAAAGUGAAGGUGACUGGCCUUAAUCCCAAGACGAAGUACAUCCUUCUCAUGGAUAUUGUACCCGCAGACGACCACAGAUAUAAAUUUGCUGAUAACAAAUGGUCCGUAACUGGUAAAGCCGAGCCUGCUAUGCCGGGUCGCCUUUAUGUACAUCCGGACUCCCCAGCAACCGGAGCGCACUGGAUGCGACAACUUGUCUCCUUCCAGAAACUCAAGCUCACCAACAACCACCUGGACCCAUUCGGACACAUUAUCCUGAACUCCAUGCACAAAUACCAGCCCCGAUUACACAUCGUGAAAGCAGACGAAAAUAAUGGGUUUGGUUCAAAGAAUACUGCGUUUUGCACCCACGUCUUUCCGGAGACGGCUUUUAUCGCUGUGACUUCGUACCAGAAUCACAAGAUCACACAGCUGAAAAUUGAGAACAACCCCUUCGCCAAAGGCUUUCGGGGCAGUGACGACCUGGAGUUACACAGGAUGUCUCGGAUGCAAAGUAAAGAGUAUCCUGUGGUUCCCAGGAGCACCGUGAGGCACAAAGUGGCCAACCACAGCCCCUUCAGCAGCGAGACCCGAGCUCUCUCCACUUCGUCUAACUUAGGGUCCCAGUACCAGUGUGAGAAUGGUGUCUCCGGCCCCUCCCAGGACCUUCUGCCCCCACCUAACCCAUACCCACUGGCCCAGGAGCACAGCCAAAUUUACCACUGUACCAAGAGGAAAGAUGAAGAAUGUUCCAGCACCGAGCACCCCUAUAAGAAGCCGUACAUGGAGACCUCCCCCAGCGAGGAGGACACCUUCUACCGCUCUGGCUACCCCCAGCAGCAGGGCCUGAGUACCUCGUACAGGACAGAGUCAGCCCAGCGGCAGGCCUGCAUGUAUGCCAGCUCCGCUCCACCCAGCGAGCCCGUGCCUAGCCUGGAGGACAUCAGCUGUAACACAUGGCCCAGCAUGCCUUCCUAUAGCAGCUGUACAGUUACCACCGUGCAGCCCAUGGACCGUCUCCCCUACCAGCACUUCUCUGCUCAUUUCACCUCGGGGCCCCUGGUCCCUCGGCUAGCUGGCAUGGCCAACCAUGGUUCUCCCCAGCUUGGUGAAGGGAUGUUCCAGCACCAGACCUCAGUGACCCAUCAGCCUGUGGUCAGGCAAUGCGGGCCUCAGACUGGCCUUCAGUCUCCAGGCAGCCUCCAGCCCCCUGAGUUCCUCUACACUCACGGCGUGCCCAGGACCCUGUCUCCCCACCAGUAUCACUCGGUACACGGCGUCGGCAUGGUGCCAGAGUGGAGCGAGAAUAGCUAAGGGCCGACCUAUGCCAGAGAAUGGUUGGGGGGUGGGAAAGUGAGAGAAAGAGAGAGCAAGAGAGAGAGAGAGAGAGACUGGAGAGGAGAGAGAAGUGAGGGACAGUAGCGACGAGAACUCCACAGUUGCGAAGCUCAUAUCACCCUUUUUAACCUCCGUACCCGGAGCUCCUACAGCCACUGAUGAGAUCAGUGGCCCGAAGCCACCAUUCCAAAACCGUGACUGCGUCUCAGAACCGACAGGACAAACAGAAAGAGAGACGAGUCCCAUCCUGCCCCGCGUCCACUCUCAUCGAACAGGAACACACACAGCGCCCCAGACGCAUUCCCCGAUUGUUUCUCUUGGGUUCUAGACCAUAUGGCCUCACUGAGUGUUUGACCCCAGCGCACGGUGAGAGGCAUUCUGUCUCGGUGUUAAUGUUGACUUUGUUAUAAAAUAAAUAAUAAUAUAUUUUUUUCUUUGAAAUUUUCUUACUGGGACCCAGUCCCUUGAAUGGAGGGAGAGCAGAGACAGAGAUGUCUCAAAACACGUACUUUUGGGGCUUCCCUCCGAUAAAUGAGCUAAAAUGUACAUCGGCCACCCUCCUCUAACAAAAAUACCUACCUCCGUCAUGUGAGAUGUCUACGAAGGUUGAGUUAACCUGCUAGUUUUUGGAUUGGGUUUUGCCUUUUUUUUUUUUUUUUUUUUUCCUUUCGGUUUGGUUUUGCCUUCCCCAGCAUCAUGGGAUUCCGAGUUGCCUUCUACUGAGCGGAUGGAGUUAGGAUGUCGGGCUCGGUCUGGCACCCUGUCUCCUCAGCACCAUUUCCUCCCAGCUCCAGGUCUCUCCAGCCAUCUGCGGCUAAAAUGGGACCUAAACUCCUCUGCCUGAAACCUUGCUUCGUUAAACUGAAAGAGCCCUGGGUGACACAGGAACAGAACUGUGACACAGAGCAGGGGCGCAAACUCCCCGCUUACCUGUUGUCCGGGAGAAAAAGAAAGUGAAAAUAAGCACACUUUGUGAUUAAAAAGAAAAAAAGAACAGUGACAUCAGCGUCAGCCCCAGGCUGGCUCGAACCUCCUCUGUGAUCCCCGGAUGUAGAGCAAAACAGCUCCAGGUGCCACAGGAAAGGAAACUGUUACCAGUGCCUCGGCCUCCAAGAAAUUCCCCCAGCGCCACUCACCUGGGACACAAAACCACACGCAUCAAAAGCAGAAAAACAGUAUUAAAAAAAAGUGUGUAAGUACGACGUUAUUGUAGGGUUUCCUCAGAUGUAAUAUUUUACUGGUACUAUUUAUUUAUAAAUAGGAAUUCUAAUUAAGUAGUAACAUGAAACCCAGCCUGGGGGCUGACCAAAACCUUUUAAUUUUAUUUGGUACUCAAAACUGCAUUUGUGUUCUCUCUCUCUCUCUCUCUCUCUCUCUCUCUCUCUCUCUCUCUCUUUCCUUUCUUGUUUUUUUUAAAGUUUUGUGUUUUCUUUUUUCUCUCUUUUUGCUUCCUUCUUUUUUUUUUUUAAACUGACCCUAAUAAACAGAACAGGGUAAUCUAUGUGGCUGAGAAUGCGCAAGCUUGUGAGUGUGUUUGCACGUGAGCGUCCUAUGUGAUCUCGUCUUUUUAUGUCGCUUAAGGGGGUGGGUGGGUGAAAAAUCAAGUACUCGUUUCUUACAUUUGUGCGCCCAUUAAUGCCUAAUAAAUGCCAUGUGCUUAAAACAGUGUAUGAGAAGUGGAUACCAUUUGUCUGUCUUUCUCUCUCUCCUCUCUCUCUCUCUCUCUCUCUCUCUCUCUCUCUCUCUUUCUGACUGAAUAGAGGGAUGGCUAUUGGGAAGAGGAAUCAAGGAGGCUUGUGGCUGACUUUUCCCACCAUGUGUUCUGUCCUGCUCACCCCCUGGUAUUUCAAACCCACCACUCCCAAGUAGAGUGGAGCAAGAAUAUAAUAUGGUCCACAGGAGUAGAACCUUGGGAUGCAACGUCUUCAAACUGAAUUUAUGUGGGCAUUAGGAUCAAAGGCCUUAAGGAAUCCUUCCUGUUCCCUUUUGCCUAUUGCCUGAUAGAAACAAAUUGAGGGAGGAAGGGGUUGAUUUCCGUUCAGGGUUCUAUCCAUGUUUGCUUGGCCUCCUGUGCUGGAGCAGAAUAUCGCCGUGAUUGGAGUCUGGGAUAAAGAGGCUUCCUUUAGUGCAUGGUGGACUGAAGGAAGAGAGAUGUGAGAGGUCUGGGCACCUUGUAUAACCUUCCAAGGCCCGCCCCUCCAGUGACCUACUUCCUCCAGCUAGCCCCGCCCCAUCAUCCUGUCCCUUUCAGGAUAGCAAGCCAGCCAGGAAGAAGGUCUCAAAGAAAGCCUGUGGGUGACGUUUCAUCAUAAUCAAACCAUAACAGGAGCUGGUCUAAAAGUUGGUUCUAUCUCACUGUAGAUAUCAUCCUGGCCUGGGUUCUCUGAGAUGUCUUUCCCCGAACUGUUUUGAAAUAGGAUGCACUGAGGCUCCCCAUGUAGACAGCUUAGGGACUGGUAUUUUUGUCGAUAUUUUGUUUGAGCCAGGGUCUCUUUCUUAUUUAGUUCUGACUGUAUAGAAACUCCAUAUGUAGACCAGGCUGGCUUACAGAGAGCCUCUUGCCUCUGCCCCUGCAUCUAAAAUGGACCAGCAGUUAAUCGACAACACCACCAGGAAUUUCAGUUUUGUACGUCUGUCACCCACAAUAGAUGGAGCGGCGGAUUAGCUAGGAGGCUGACUUAAUUAGGGUUUUAUUGCUGUAACAAGACAGCAUGACCAUGACAACUCUUAUAAAGGAAACCAUUUAAUUGGAGCUGGUUUACAGUUUCAGAGGUCUGCUUUAUUAUCAGCAUGACAGGAAGAAUGGUGGCAGGGAGGCAGACAUGGUGCUGGAGAGGUAGUUGAUUGUUCUACGUAUGGACCGAUCAUCAGGAAGAGAGUGAGCCACUGAGCUUCGCUUGAGACCUCAAAGCCCGCCCCGGCGACAUGCCCACCACAAGGCCACGCCCACCACCACAAAGGUCACGCCCACCACCACAAGCCCACACCCACCACCACAAAGGCCACACCCACCACCCACCACAAGGCCACACUCCCUAGUAGUAAGACUCUUACGGUCCUGUGGGUGCCAUUGUCUUUCAAACCACUACAGAAGUUUAGUGCUGGCCGGUGUCUGGGGGCUGUCCCAGCAAGAAAAGUGGCUGCUACAAACAUGAGGACCUACCUCCAUCCCCAACCGGUGUCCACAUCAAAAGUCAGGUGUGGGAUGCACGCCUAUAAUCCGGGUGGUGGGAAGUGGAGACAGGAGGAUCCUGGUAGGUGGUUGGCCAGCCCUACUGAAUCAGUGAGCUCCAGGUUCAGUGUGAGACCCUGCCUCAAAACAGUACGGUGGAAAGUGAUUGAGGAAGAUACCACAUGCUGACCUUUGGCCUCAAUAGGCACGUGCGGGCAUGCACGACCACAAGCACAGAGGUACAUGUGAACAGGAACACAUACACAUACAUAUGCACACACACAACACCAAAAACAAAAACAAGCCAGUGUUGCUUUUUUGUUUGUGUUUGUUUUUCAAUUCGCUUUUGAUACUGGGGGCUGGAACGCAGGACCUCAUGAAUAUUAGACACAUGUUCACUGUGGUAAUGAGCCAUGCCCCAAGCCUACUGCUCAAACACCCAGGUUUUGAUUUCCACACCCUUCAAAUGACCAAAAACAUCAAUGUGUGUUUCACCAACCCAGGAAAAGGAGCAAUUGGCAGGCCAAUUACACACAUGUUAUUCAUUUAAUACAGGCUACCUGGUACUUUUUCCUGAGUUCUUUUUUUUUUUUUUAAGAUUUAUUUAUUAUAUAUAAGUACAUGUAGCUGUCCUCAGACACACCAGAAGAGGGCUUUGGAUCCCAUCACAGAUGGUUGUGAGCCACCAUGUGGUUGCUGGGAAUUGAACUCAGGACCUCUGGAAGAGCAGUCAGUGUUUUUUUUUUUUUUUUUUUUUAACAUUUAUUUAUUAUGUAUACAUCAUACUGCUUUCUGCCUGCAUAUACGCCUGCAGGCCAGAAGAGGGCACCAGACCUGAUUAUAGAUGGUUGUGAGCCACCAUGUGGUUGCUGGGAAUUGAACUCAGGACCUCUGGAAGAGCAGACAGUGCUCUUAACCUCUGAGCCAUCUCUCCAGCCCCCGCAGUCAGUGUUCUUAAUCGCUGAGCCAUCUCUCCAGCCCCGAGCACAGAGUUCUUGAGAAGUGUGAAUUAAUCAUGAAGAAACAGCAAACAAAAUCCCAUGUCUCCCACCUACAAUAGAGAAACCAGGUCCAUGGCUUUCCUGGAUCCGAGGGUCUGAAUUACAAAGGUUACACAGGAUAAAUACUGACCAGCGAUACGUAUUUAAUCUUAAGCAUUAGUUUCAGACAAACUGGACCAUUUGACCCAUUCAUUUGGCCAAAUGGACCAUCUAAACACAGGAGGAGCAUCCUUUAUCCAAGUGCUUGGGACCAUGUUUUGGAAAUUUGGUUUUGGGGACAGUUGUCUUUUCCACUGUCUUUGAACUGUGUGGCUGCCAAGGGUACAAUGGACAGGAACCUUGGGGUGUCGGAGUGGGACUCAGGUACAAACGUACACUUCCUGUACACUUUACGUACAUCAGGUGGAAGUAAUUUUGUGUGCUGUUUUCAGCGCACCUGCGCUCUGACUUUAAGCCUCACCGGCGUGUAUGAAGGGGAAUCUCCUACUCAGAUUAGUGCUCCUGAUGUUUUGGAUGUCGGAACAUUUUGGGUGACAUAUGUUCUGGUUAGGGAUGCCCAAGAAGGAGAGUUUGGGUUUCCAUCUUCGCCCCGCGGACACUUGCUGCCGUCCUAAAAUCAUUAAGAGUUUUAAUGAAGAGCACGUUCCCAAGCUUUGUAAAUAAAAAAACAAAACAAGCAAAACCCACCCACACACAAAAAACCCAACUCAAUCUCUCUUUGUACAUCAACGAUGACUACCAUGGAGUUUUUCUUUAAACCAGCAGAUUUGGGGUCUAAUACUCAGAUGCCAAAUCUUCUCACCGUGUGGCUGUCAAGGGUACAAGGACAUUGACAGAUUCUAAAUCUACUGAGUGCUCACUUUGAUCUGGGCUCUCUGGAACUGUUGAGAACAUUGGGACAAAUAAGGUGAUAGGAACCCAGUACUCCACAGUGCUUAUAACUUAGUAAAAUAAAGAGUUUUUAGUCUUGCGUUUUGAAUGAAAAUGGUCCCCAUAGGUUCAUAGGGAAUGGCACUACUUGGGAAGGAUUAGGAGGUGUGGCUUUGUCGGAGGAAGUGUGCCACUGGGGGUGGGUCUUGGGAUUUCAGAAGCUCCAGGCAGGUUCAGAGUCUGCCUGCAUGCCGCCAUGCUUCCCCAACAUGGUGGUAAUGGACUAAACCUCUGAACUGUAAACCAGCCUCCAAUGGAAUGCUUUCUGCUGUAAGAGCUGCUGUGGGGCUGGAGAGAUGGCUCAGUGGUUAAGAGCACUGACUGCUCCUCCAGAGGUCCUGAGUUCAAUUCCCAGCACCGCAUGGUGGCUCACAACCAUCUGUAAUGGGAUCCAAUGCCCUCUUCUGGUGUGUCUGCUUAUAUAAAAAUAAAUAAAUCUUAAAAAAUAAAA